AUGGUACAACAGAAACAACUGCAACAACUAAAACAAGAGAACCGUAAUAAUGUGCAACAGCUAAAUGAACAAUGGGGGUCUUCAUUGCAACAGCAGGAACAGCAGCAAGAACAGCAGCAGCAACAACAACGACAACAACUACAAUUACAGCAACCAGAAAAAGAACAGCAAAUUAAAGAGCAGUACCACUAUGACGAACAUGCUGAUCCCUAUGAUUUAGCCAAUUUAUGGCGUCUGCGGCAGAUAUAUGAAUAUUUUAACAACGAACUUGGCAACAACAUAAACAAAUAUAACUAUGAACACCAACGAUUACAACAACUACAGCACCAGCAGCAGCAACAGCAACACGUUGAUGACGACAACUACGGCAACAAUAUAAAUAGUAACGGAAAUCCCAGUAGUGGCAGCAGCAAUAGCAACAAAGAUGGCAUCGACAAUGACAGCAACAGCGACAAUUUAAGCUAA